CUCCCAGCAGCAUACAUGUAGAUUAUAUGUCGGCUGAACAUCGGCACCUGACUUUCUUACGGACGAACGUACGUGCGCCUUUCGUGCCGCCGGUAGAUUGCAAUUAGUUUUCCUCAAUUCGCCUGUUUCCCGAGCCCUCAACUAGCAUAACACAGGUUGCCUGCUCAUCAUAAUCAAAAAAAUGUCUUUGCUCAAAGUGUUAUCAAGACGGACCUUUCUUCAAGCCAAAAAUUUGGUGCCGUCACUAACAUGUGGUGCAAGAAGUGUCUCAGAUUCAACGAACUUAAAGGAUGUGUUAGCUGACAUGAUACCCAAGAAACAGAAGGAGGUGAUAGAAUUCCGUAAAACCUAUGGCGACAAGGUGAUUGGUGAGGUGGUGGUGGACCAGCUGUAUGGAGGCAUGCGAGGUAUCAAGGGUCUGGUGACAGAGACCUCUGUGUUGGAUCCAGAAGAAGGGAUUCGUUUCCGUGGUUACACAAUACCUGAAUGUCAGAAACUGUUGCCUAAGGUUCCAGGGGGCGAGGAACCUCUACCGGAGGGACUGUUCUGGCUCCUGAUGACUGGAGAAAUACCAACUGAAAAACAGGUGCAAGCAGUGUCUAAGGAAUGGGCAGCCCGUGGUGCCAUCCCAUCGCAUGUUGUUCAGAUGCUGAAUAACUUCCCCAGUAACCUACAUCCCAUGUCGCAGUUCAGCGCAGCCAUUACUGCUAUGAAUAGCGACAGCAAGUUUUCCAAGGCAUACAAUGAUGGAGUCAAUAAGGCUAUGUACUGGGAGUACACCUAUGAGGAUGCUAUGGAUCUGUGUGCCAAACUGACUACUGUAGCUGCUACUAUCUACCGCAAUGUGUACCGAGAAGGUAGCAGUGUAUGCCCCAUUGAUGUAGAUCUAGACUGGUCAGCAAACUUUGCUAACAUGCUCGGUUAUGAAGAUGAGAUGUUCAAGGAAGUUCUGAGGAUGUACCUCACCAUUCACAGUGACCAUGAAGGAGGCAAUGUGAGUGCUCACACUGUUCAUCUGGUUGGGAGUGCUCUCUCGGAUGCCUACCUGAGUUUAGCUGCAGGCAUGAAUGGUCUGGCUGGACCCUUACAUGGAUUAGCCAAUCAGGAGGUUCUGGUGUGGAUCACUAAGCUUCAGGAGCAGCUUGGAGGAGAGGUAUCAGAUGACCAGCUGAAAGAAUUCAUCUGGAACACUCUCAAAUCAGGACAGGUUGUACCAGGUUAUGGCCAUGCUGUCCUGCGCAAGACAGAUCCCAGAUACACCUGUCAGCGUGAGUUUGCUCUGAAGCACCUGCCUGACGACCCUCUCUUUAAGCUGGUAGCUCAGCUGUAUAAAGUGGUUCCUGAUACCCUGCUGGAACACGGCAAAGCUAAGAACCCCUGGCCCAAUGUGGAUGCACACAGUGGGGUACUCCUGCAGCAUUAUGGCAUGACAGAGAUGAGCUACUAUACAGUAUUGUUUGGUGUGUCCCGAGCACUGGGCACUAUGGCAUCUAUGGUGUGGGAUCGCGCCCUCGGUCUGCCCCUGGAACGACCCAAGUCAAUGAGCACACCUGGCCUGAUGAAACUGGUGGGAGCAAAGUAAAUCAAGCACCCAAUCACAUCCUGGUAGUAAAACAACUACAUGUAUUGCAAUUUAAAAAGGACGUGUUCAGCACCAGGUGUUGUACAUGUAUAUUAAGUGGAUCCACUCAAGAUGAGCCUAUUUUCUGCCAUUUUGUUGUACAUGUAUGUUCAUUCAGUAAUGUUCAUUUAUGAUCAGACAUUGUACAAAAGAUAAAUAUGUUGUCAAUGCCUAUAAGGACACAGAAUAACCAUAGUUAUAAUUGUAAUGUGUGACUAUAAUGCAGUUUAGAUACAGUGAUUGAUUAUUUUACGCAUGCAGCCAUAAUCUCUUUCCAUUGUUAGUUCAGUAGAUUGCAAACCAGUUCGUUAUUUCAACUGUCUUCAAGAUCUGAUGAUUUUCUGUUGCGUGUAAAUGCAACAGAUAAAUGUACACAUGUCUAUUGGGGAAUAAUUAACGAAUCUGCAAUCGCCAAUUCUGCCACUUAUCAGAAAAAACGAAUGCAGUUCAAAGUUUUCAGGAUUUUGUAUGUGCUUCCAGAUGACACUUUAAUUCAAUGUUGAUGGUACCUUCUGUGACUUUGCAUUCAUAGGGCAGACUGUUGAUUUUCAAGAAAACAAAUCAUCAAUCAUCUUGAUGCAUGCAUGUGCAGUUGCAAUAUUGAACUGGGCAUAUUGAUGCAAACAACAAGUAAUGUUACAUUUACUAAGUUGCCGUAUGUUAUUCAUAAAUGAUAAACAGUUUGAUCUGACCUCCAGCAAUAGUUGUUUUUGUCAACUUUGUCUUCAUGGGCUUACCAAGAUAUGGACGUAGGUGGUUUUUAUAAGGGGAAAAGGGAAAGCAUUUUUAAAAUUUGGAUGUGUUGUUAAUAGUGUCUUUCUACAAGGGAUGUAUCUACAUAGAGCUAGAAAAAAAGUUUUGGGAUGUAUUAGUGCACCGUGUACCCCUCGUGGCUAGGAGAUUAUAUUGUACUGUAGCGUAAAGACUACUCUCACAUUUGUGACGUCUCCCACCAAUGGGCUGUGAAGUUGAACAUUUCACUUUCUAGGUUAAUGCAUAAUUGAAAAAAAUGGUAUCAUCAGCUUUGAUACAAAAUUCUUUUCUAUGCCAAGUUAUGUGUUUUAAAGUCACUCAACUAUCAUUUACUAGAUUUCCAUAUGAACUGGCUUCAAAGUUGGCUUACUGAUAUUCACUAGUUUUGGAAUGUCAAUCAUUCCUGAUUUUUCAGAACGGAAGGAGAAUAUCAAAACACUUCAUUUCUGAUUGACUCCUGGCCAUAUUUUCUAACUGUUAGCUUUUUGUGCUGUAAUGCAUAAUCAACAUGUGCAACUUUACAACCUUUAAUGGUCACAUGGUCACAUUUGUACACUACCUAUGCAAGGCUUGGGCCCCUACACUUUUUUGACUAGAGAUAGCAUGUUUCCAUGGAGGAUUUGGUUCUAGAUUAUUAGCAGUGUUCAUAUUGCCUGAGAUAUAUAGCAGUACAUGUACCGGUAUAAGACUAAGAGAUAUAUACUUGUACGUGCAGCAUCAUGUUAGGUUAUAAACAUCCUUAGAGUAGAGGACUUUGGCUCUAGAAAGGAAAUGCUGUCAAGGGUUUUUGUACAAUCUGUUACAAUAAACUGAUUAAAAUGAAACAUAAAAUGUUGAAAUGGUUCCGGGGUAGAGUAUAGGCAAUUUGAGUUCCUGUGAUGGCCGAAUUGUUGUAACUCAAAAGUCCACAUACAUUUCUACAGUAAGUGAAAUUCAUUGCUUUUACUUGCCUACCACCAAUUACAAUGAUACUGAAUUGUUUUUACACUUUACCUCAUGCAUAUUCAUAACUUUUUUUUUAGAUUUUAAUCUCGUUUGUUCAUCAAAAAAUAAGAGUUGCAUUUAGUAGAUUCUGAGAUUAGUACUUGCUCAUCACUGCUGACAUGUAUGAGUGCAAUAAUGUCAUGCGUGAUGCAUUUUUGGUAAGUUAACAUGCAGAAAAACCACUCCAUCACACUGCAUGAUAUGCCAAGUUACAUCAUGAAUAUGUAUGAGUACCGUGAUCAUUUCAUACCCGUAGUUUCGUUUUGAAAGUUUGUGUUUUCUUAGUAUUCUCUGACAACAAAAGUGUGAAGAAUAUAUGAUUGCUUUAAUCAACAGUCUUUUCAUUGGCAUAUAAUACUAAGAGCUGUAUAUUGGCAUUUUGUGAACAUUGUAAAUAAUUUAAAUAUAUAUACCCUAACAUUUUAAUUAGGCUGACACUCAUGUAGUUCUCCAUAGUACACGUUUGUGUUUCAUCUCAAUUCCACAUAGCAUUUCAACCUCAUUCUUUUUCUAAACAAAUUCAUUUUUCAAAAGGUUGCUUUGGGAAAUAUCAAUUGUUGUGUUUUGUCCAUGAUGCCAAUUUUAUCCUUGAACAAUAUAACAUUUUGAUGAGGGGUAAUAACAACUCUACACAUCUAAAACUUGGUUUGCAGUUCCACCAAUGUAAACUAUCCCCAUAAAGAGAGGUAGUGCGGAGAACUAGAAGAGUCAACCCUCUCUUUUUCAAGACAGUUACUUCACAUAAUGGCCACGUGUGGUCUAGCGGUGGAGCACAGGAUUCAUGAUCGUGAGGUUGUGGAUUCGAGCCCGUUGUGGCCAUGCGUGUUGUGCCCAUGCGUGUUGUGCCCUUGCGUGUUGUGCCCUUGAGUAAGGCACUUUACCUCAAUUACUCCUCUCAACCCAGGUGUUAAAUGGGAAAUGGGCACCAGCAUUAUUCAAUGCUUGGAAAGUAACAGACUCACUGUGGAGCAGGUGUGGCGAUUCCCACACAACAGCAUACGAGUCUGGCCCAAUCGCUAAAAAAAAGAGAGAUGGGCAAUCCAUUCCCUGUAAACACAGGUUCAUCCUCUUUACCCUUUUAUACUUAACUUUACAUAAUGUAUCUCACAAACUUCUGCCAAGUUGCACACUUCAUCGUGCAAAGCCGUACAUCUGGUUUUAUACAGUGGACAUACAUGUACAUUGCUCAUCCAGUCUCUUUUCAUCCACUCUGCUAGGAUUGAACAUUGCCACCAACCUAGUUCAUUCUUUCCAGCCAGGGUGUGUUCCACUCACUUAUCAUUCAUAAAGUGUUUACAAGAUUUGUUUAUGUGGAAUUCAACCCUGAUUUUCACUGCACUGAAAGUUCAAUGACUGUAACUGACAAGUUUUUUACUGUAUUAUACAAAAGAGAUUUGUGUCAGAAAUGCAGCUGUUAUCACAGUAGCAAUUACUUCUGGUUAAUUUGGUUAUCAGUUAUUUGUUUCAUUUUCAAAAUUUGUUGAGUUGUUUAUUGAAGUAAUAAAUAAUUGCAGCAUAAAGUGGACUUUGGUAAAAAGAAGAAAUCUCAGAGGAUACAUGUAUUUCAUUCACAGCCUCAUGAAAAGAAUGUAUGUAAAAUUAAAUGAAGACAAUGUAUUGUGUUGAAUGAAAUAAGAAUGAUAGUGUCUAAAAAGAUGUUACACAUUACAUACAAGAUGUGUUGAUCUGCAGUUUAACUUGUGUGCACGACAUUUGAGUGGAUUGAAAUGACCCCGUGAAAAUAAAGCUUCUCCUGUUUUAAUCCGA